CUCUGUUAGACCAAAAUCGCUUAUAGGAGAGAGGGUAGAAGAGACGAGAAAGAUAAAUGAGGCCGAUGCAACUGGAUAUGUUGGCGGAGAUGGAUGAUGCAGGUUCUUCGAUGGCCAUGGACGUAGAUGACAUCGAAGCCAUGGAGAUGCUCAGCGAAGGAGGACUUAUCUCUGAGAACAAGCUCGCCGACGCCGAUUUCUUCAACAAGUUCGACGACGAUUUCGACGACACCGAUAUCAACUGAUCUUCUUUAGCUCUCUAUGGUUUCAGAUUUCCCCUUGUUUGGUUGAGUUUUUAUGUAAUUUCUGGAAGAAUCUAUAUUCCCCCGUUGAUUAGGGAUUCUGUGUUUGCGAAUCGAAGUUCCUAUCUGAACAUUAAGUAUGAUCUCUACAUGUCUUGUGGGUUUUGCUUACUAUCCUCUUGGAACAGAUUUAACAUUUGGGUACCUUAAUUGUUUUGCCUUUGUUUCUU